UGGGUGCAUGACAGUUGUUUUAAAAACGACAUUUAAUGUUGUAGGUAGUACCUCGUUUGGGUUGCAAUAGCUAGCACUACUAGAAACAUUACGUAUUAACUAAUAGAGGCUGACUAUGGGUCCGAUACUCUGAGCGAUCGUUGACUACGCUAUAUUGUUUCAUAUAUUGUCUCGAUAGAACUUGAGUGUGACAUUAUAGAUUUCCUCCAGUUCUUGUACUAGUAAAGUAUUUGUCACUUUCCACGGAAGAGAUGAGCCAUUAUGUAAAUCCCUCUAUUUUGGGGUCAGGUUUUGUAAAGAGCACCUCAUGUAUGACAGAUGGAGGACAAAUCCAGCCUGCUGCUCUCCUUCCACACUGAACCCAAACAAGAGUCACUGGAUUCUGAUUGUUACAGUAAAGCCCAGUGUUCAUUGGUGGAUUCAGAGAUGACAUCAGUGAAGCAGGAAGACUGCAGUCAAACUCUGGGACUGAAUGUUACCAUUAAAGAUGAAGAGGAGAAGAAUGGGGUUGUAAUUAAAAAGGAAGAGGGGGAAUUACUUAUUCAAGAUGGGAUUCCUGAAGCAACGACACUUGGAGAGAAACACCAGGAAGUCUUCAAUGAUAAGAAGUCUAAUCACUGCCCCCAUUGUGAAAAACAUUUCUUAACUCUAUCACUGUUAAAAAGACACAUUAAAAUUCAUACUGGAGAGAAACCUUACUCCUGUUCUGACUGUGGUAAGAGUUUCUCUUCAUUAUGUAGCCUUAAAGCUCACCAGCGUAUUCAUAAUGGAGAGAAGCCUUACUUCUGCUCUGAUUGUGGGAAGUGUUUUAUUACAUCACCUGAACUUACUAUGCAUCAGAGAGUACACACAGGUGAGAAGCCUUACUCCUGUUCUGACUGUGGGAACAGUUUCUCUCAAUUAGGUAGCCUUAAAGCUCACCAGCGUAUGCAUACUGGAGAGAAACCUUACUCCUGUUCUGACUGUGGGAAGUGUUUUAUUACAUCAUCUGAUUUUUUUAGACAUCAGAGAUUACACACAGGUGAUAAGCCUUACCACUGUCCUGAGUGUGGGAAGAGAUUUACUUGUUCAUCUCAUCUUACAAGUCAUAAGAGACUACACACAGGUGAGAAGCCUUACUCCUGUUCUGAUUGUGGAAAGUGUUUCUCUCAAUUAUCUAACCUUAAAAGACACCAGUCCGUACAUACCGGAGAGAAGCCUUACUCCUGUUCUGACUGUGGGAAUUGUUUCUCCCGGUUAGCUGAUCUUAAAUCUCACCAGCGUAUACACACUGGAGAGAAGCCUUACUCCUGUUCUGACUGUGGGAAGUGUUUUAUUAGAUCAUCUGGACUUACCAAACACCAGAUAGUGCACACAGGUGAGAGGCCAUUCUCUUGUUCUGCCUGUGGAAAGUGUUUCUUUACAUCAACUGCACUUAAUAUUCAUAAGAGAGUGCACACAGGUGAGAAGCUUUACUGCUGUUCUGACUGUGGGAAGGGUUUCUUUACAUCAACUGCACUUAAAAUUCAUAAGAGAGUGCACACAGGUGAGAAGCCUUACUGCUGUUCUGACUGUGGGAAGAGUUUUAAAAGCUCAUCUCAUCUUACUAGUCAUAAGAGAGUGCACACAGGUGGAAAGCCUUAUUGCUGUUCUGACUGUGGAAAGUGUUUCUUAAGAUCAUCUGCACUUACUAGACAUCAGAGAAUACGUACAGGUGAGACGCCUUACUGCUGUUCUGACUGUGGGAAGAGUUUAAAUAGUUCAUUGCAUCUUACUAGUCAUAAGAGACUGUGCACAGGUGAGAAGCCUUACUCCUGUUCUGACUGUGGGAAGAGUUUCAUUAGACAAUCUCACCUUACUAAUCACCAAAGAGUGCACACAGGGGAAAAGCCCUACUCUUGUUCCGACUGUGGGAAGUUGUUUUCUCAAUUGUCUAACCUUAAUUCUCACCAGCGCAUACACAUUACACAAGCGCAUAAACCUUACUCAUGUUCUGACUGUGGAAAGUGUUUCUCUCAAUUAGCUGUUCUUAAAGCUCACCAACGCCUACAUACUGGAGUGAAACCUUACUCUUGUUCUUACUGUGGGAGGUGUUUUAUUACAUCAUCUGGACUUACCAAACAUACAGAGAGUUCACACAGGUGAGAGUCACACCCCUCCUCUUCCCAGGGAGUCACACCCCCCCCCCCCCCUUCCCAGGGCACUAAAUGCCCUUUGAAAAUUAUCUAUUCAGGACCAAUACAAGGCAAUACUUGGAUAAAACCAAGAUCUCUAUACACCUGUUAAUUCUUUUCUCUUUGCUCUAGGUCACAAAUCCAUUUUAUAAGUGUGAACCAUGAACAACAGCUUGUUCAUUAUUUGGUCAAAUUUAAAGUAUGCGCUUCCAAGUGUUCACCGAGAGGCACGCAGCUGUGAAACCUGAUUUCUCUCUUGACUGGGGGAGAGACUUAAGAGAAAUGCACAAAUGUUGUAUAAUUUAUGGGGUUACCCCUCUAUUUAUCAAGCAAUUAUUUAUCAUAUACAGUGCAGCUUGAAAGUUUGUGGACCCUAAAGGGAUGGUCAUUAUUUUUCUGUAAAAGAAUGAACUCAAAAUCCUUAUCUAAAACACAAUUUGUAAUAGGGGCACUGAAAAUAUAGGACACAAACCAAAAUAUGGGAUUAUACACUGAUGAGCCAAAACAUUAUGACCACUCAGGUGAAGCGGAUUAUGUAGAUCAUCUUCUAAAAAGGGCAGAUGUCAAGGUCUGGGUAGAUUAGAUGGUAAGCAAACAAUCAGUUCUUGUAGCCAAUGUGUUGGAUACAGGAGAAAUGGGCAGGAGGAAAGACCUGAGAGACUUUGACAAGGGCCAAAUUGUUAUGGCCAGACAACUGGGUCAGAAAAUCUCUGAAAUGGCAAGGUCAGUGUGCCAUGAUCACCCCUGUCCACCAUCGAAAGUGCCAGCACCCCUUCAUGGCAAUGGUAUUCCCUGAUAGUAGUGGCCUCUUUCAGCAGGAGGAUGCAACCUGCCGAACUUCACGCACCUUUUGGGAAUGGUUGAGUUCUUUGUCAAAAUAGUUGUUAGUUGCGACCCUACUCCAUUUGUAAAUGGAGGGGGUCAACUCUUUUUGAGGUAGUUGUAUAGCCUUCCCUGGACUGAUGUGCUAUCGCUACCCUCCUGAUGUCCUCUUAUAUCUCCUUUUCUCCCUGCGUGGUGUGUUUUGCAUUCACCUGUAUGGGUAACACCAAACUGAUCAGUCCUGCCCAAAUACUUUCCUACAGAUCUUUCCUUUGAUUGGUUCAUUUGGUAACCAAUUAUUAUUCACUAGAUUUCACGUACAUGACGACAUAACACAACUCAUGGUCAUUGGUCAUAAAGAAAUGUUCUAUGUGUUGAAUGUCAUUGAUGUGAAAUGUUUAUAAACUUUGUAGUCAUUUGACCUUGUGUACAACCCCGUUUUCAAAAAGGUUGGGACGCUGUGUGAAAUGCAAAUAAAAACAGAAUGC